AAAAUUAACGAAGCAUCGAACUGGUGGUCAGAGUGGAACAGAGUGGUCAAGCGAAAUUGACAAGUGGGACUGGCCGAGCUCCGUCUGAAGAAGGAUUCUGGGUAAAAACUAAACUAAGCUAAACUCCUCCUCCUCGACAGAGACGGAAGUCUCUCUCACCAACCAGAACAUCAUUCUAAAUUAUUUGAUUAUGCAAGUUGGUUAUACCUGGUACAACUCGUGAAAUUUUUUUCUUUUCUCAAUAGUUCUUGGUACACGUUGCUGCAAAAAUGUUUUUACGAUUCAAGAAGCCAUCAUUGGUUGAGGUUGAAAAACCAAUGGCGAUUUCAUCUCCGUAUAAUGUCAAACAAAAUUUCCAUGUUGGGUUUGAUAAUGACACCAAAAUGUUUGUGGGAAUGCCACCAACAUGGCAGGCUCUUCUCAACAAAUCUGAAAUCACGACCAAAGAACAGGAAGAAAAUCCAGAAACUGUAAUAACAGCACUAAAAACGUUCCAGAAAUCUAUUAAGCGGAAACCUUCAGAUAUAAAGAUUAUGGUGGUGGCGUCAAACAUCAGACAGUCAGAUGAUGAGAUUGAUAAUAUUUCACCGGACGAUUGUAGUAAAGAGGACGCACAGGCACAAAAGGGUAAUGAUGUUUUUGAUGGGGUCGUUGAAGAAAGGGUCAAACAUAGCAAUGAGGAAGAUGUCAUAACCCGACGGAAGAAAGAGGAUCGUACAAAGACCAUGUCUGAUGAAGAAGUCCGGAAAGCACUUGAAGCUUUAGUGAACUCGGAUAAUCCUGAGGAAAAAUAUACCCUUGGAGUUGACUUGGGUGCCGGGGCAUCCGGAGCAGUUUCUAAGGCAACUGAUAAAAAUACAGGCAGCAUAGUUGCUAUAAAGAAGAUGAAUUUGCAUAAUCAGCCGAAGAAAGAAUUAAUUAUUACUGAAAUUGAAGUUCUGAAAGAAGUCAGUCACCCAAAUCUUGUAAACUUUCUGGAUUGUUAUCUUGUUGGAGAAAACCUGUGGGUUGUCAUGGAAUAUCUGGAUGGUGGAGCCCUCACUGAUGUCGUAAUGGAAACAGUUAUGAACGAAGGUCAAAUUGCUGCUGUGUGUCGGGAAAGUCUACGAGGACUUGAUUAUCUUCAUCAACGAAAUAUUAUUCACAGAGACAUUAAAAGCGACAAUGUCCUGCUCGGUUUGGACGGCCAAGUAAAACUCACUGAUUUUGGGUUUUGUGCUCAAUUAGCUGAAAAUAGUAGCCAACGGCACACUAUGGUCGGCACCCCUUAUUGGAUGGCACCAGAAGUCGUUUCACGGAAACCAUACGGAAACAAAGUGGAUAUCUGGAGUCUUGGAAUCAUGAUUAUUGAAAUGCUGGAAGGAGAACCCCCUUACCUCUCAGAAAGGCCUCUCAAAGCAAUCUUCAUGAUUGCUAAAUAUGGUAAACCUGAAAUCAAAAAGGAGGAUUCGUUGUCCCCACUUUUAAAAGAGUUUAUUUACAAAUGUCUUGAAGUGGAGGUGGAAAGCCGGGCAUCUGCACAGGAUCUUCUCCGUCAUAAAUUUCUCGCAAAUUGCAAGCCUCUCUCCUCACUCAAACCACUCAUACUCGCUGCACGUGAAGUCCGAGGUCUAUCAUCAAACUAACUAAAAAUUCCACAAUUUUUUUUCAUUUUUUAUUUACUAUUUUUUUUUGUAUUUUCUACUAAAAUAUUUUAUAAAGAAAACUAUUGUGUAUCAAUCUUAAAUUGGUCAAAUACCAAUUUAAGAUCAACCACAAUGGGUUUUCUUUUCUGUUUCUCAUUGUCUAUUAUUAUAAUUUUUUUUUUGUUUUUGUAUGUAUUUUUCUUUCCUUGUUUUCAUAUUUUCCUUUAAAAUAUUGACUUGGUGAGUCAGUACAUUCACUCCAAGAGUUUUCUUAUCUUAUCGUUUACUAUUUCUGAUUGUUCUCUUUUGUCAUUAAUUGUUCAUAAAUACCACACACACACACACUCACACCACAACCAUAACCGAUUUGUUAUUUUCUUGAUGAUUUUACUAAGAAUACAAAACAUCAAAUCAGUGAUGAUUUUAUUUUUCAACUUGUAAUUUUUUGACCCAUUCCACUCAAAUAUUCUUACAUCUAAACAAAAUUUUGAAGAUUGUUUUCUUUUCAUUUCCUCUGACAUUAUUUACACCAGAGUUCAUCAAUUUUCCUUUCGGGAAGCAAAAGGUUUUGUUUUAAACACCUCUGCUCCUCUUUCUCUCAUAAUAAUGUUAUUGGAUUGGCAGACAUGACAAACACAAAGACUAAAUUAUAUCUUGACCCUUUUGCUUGUCCAAAGCAUUUUUCAUAAGUUUGUUCUUAACAUUCAUGUUUGUUCUUAUGCUUUUAAUUUGCCCUUCUCUCAUACGUUUUGAGUAAUAUCUGCUGGUUGAAAAAAAAAAAGGACAAUUGGGAAUAUGUACCAUAGAUGAUACAUCAACAUAAGGGGAAAUGUUCCCUGUGUAUUACAUGCGACACACAGAAAAGGCAAAGGGUUAAAAUAUUUUCUUGGGGUACUCACUUGCAGUGUUUGUUUUCCCUCUCUCUCUCCCCCUUUCUCCCUCUCUCUCUCCCCCUUUCUCCCUCUCUCUCUCCCUUUCUCCCUCUCUCUCUCCCUUUCUCCCUCUCUCCCUUUCUCUCCCUCUCUCCCUUUCUCUCCCUCUCUCCCUUUCUCUCUCUCUCUCCCUUUUUCUCUCUCUCCCUUUCUCUUUCUCUCCCCUUUCUCUCCCCUUUCUCUCUUUGUCUUCCUUUCUCUCUCUCUCUCUCUCUCUCUCUCUCCCCUCUCCCUCUCCCAUGCAUAUCAUCAACAUUUUACAGCCACUUUCUAUGCUGAUUUAACUUGAACAUGUUUCCAUAUAGUUUUUAAGGUAAACAUUUGCUUUAUCUUAAGAACAUAGGAAGACUAUUGUUUACCUCACAAAUAUAUAAGGAAGUAUAUUAACCUUAAAAAUACAGGGAGACAAAUACCUCCCUCCCCCCAUUCCAUUGACCACAGGAUAUUAUGCCACUUUUUCGAGCACUGCUUUUGAAAUUUGAACAACUGUUAUCCAACAGUUGGUUAUGAUAUAUAAGAUGAUAAUUUUGUUUUUUUCCAAUAAUUAAAAUUGUCUUUAAGAAUGA